AAAGGAGUAUAAAGAUAAGAGUGCAACCUCCAAAUAUCCACUCUCUCCCUCUCAAAAACUCUUCUAUUUUCUCCGGCAAAGCUCAACAUUUAUUUUUAUUUUUAUGGCAUUUUCCGCUGUGUUUUCCGGAAGUGUUCUACAUUUCAAACCAUUAUCCGCAUCUAGGCCCGAAACCAAUUCAACUGGACAACGUCUCCCUACAAAAAUCACGAAAGCCCGGAAGCAAAAAUCGCGGAAUUUCAGGCCGCCGCCGCCGCCGCCAAAGCCGCCCCUAUCCUCCGCCGUGGAAGGCGGAGAGGCUACCACCUUCACCCGCCUACCUCCCAGAGACGACUUCGGCUUCGAUGAUUUAGCUUCACAGUCGGUAAGUGAAGUAAUCAAGCUUGCUGACAUUAAAGCUCCAGCUAUUAAAACCAAGAAAAUUAAUCCAAAAAAUGGAGAGAGUAAAGGGUUUGGUUCAAGAAUUGGUGUGAGUGAGGAAAAAUUGAGUCUUGAUGAUGAAUUUGAUGAUGAGGAUGAGGGAAUUGUCAAGAAAGUGGGGUAUGAUUAUGGAAGAUUCGAACUUUAUGAAGUGGGCUCGGACAAUGAUGACGAUGAUGAUGAUGAUUUUGAUGGAGAGGAAGGGUUUAUGGUGUCUGGUGAUGAAGAGGAAGAUGAAGAGGAAGAGGAAGAGGGACUUAGAGAGAAAGAGAAAGGGGUGCCGGCAGUGAUGAGAUGCUUCGAUAGGGCAAAGAUAUUUGUGAAGGCAGGGGAUGGUGGGAAUGGCGUGGUGGCGUUUAGGAGGGAGAAGUUCGUGCCGUUAGGGGGCCCGUCUGGCGGGGAUGGUGGGAGGGGAGGGAAUGUGUACAUGAAGGUGGAGGGGACUAUGAACUCACUGCUGCCGUUUAGGAAGAGUGUGCAUUUUCGGGCAGGGAGGGGCAGCCACGGGCAGGGCCAGCAGAAGAGUGGUGCGAAGGGUGAGGAUUUGGUGGUGAAAGUGCCCCCGGGGACUGUUGUGAGGGAGAGUGGUGGGGAUGUGCUCUUUGAGCUGCUGCAUCCAGGGCAGAGGGCGUUGCUUCUGCCUGGAGGGAGAGGUGGGAGGGGCAAUGCCUCGUUUAAGACGGGGACGAAUAAGGUGCCCAAGAUUGCAGAGAAUGGGGAAGAAGGGCUUGAAAUGUGGCUCGAGUUGGAGCUGAAAUUGGUUGCAGAUGUUGGGAUUGUCGGAGCUCCAAAUGCUGGGAAAAGCACGUUUCUCAGUGUCAUCAGUGCUGCUCAACCAGCCAUUGCAAAUUAUCCCUUCACAACUUUGCUUCCGAAUCUUGGUGUUGUUUCAUUCGACUAUGAUGCUACAAUGGUAGUUGCUGAUCUGCCUGGACUACUAGAGGGGGCUCAUCGAGGUUUUGGGUUAGGGCAUGAAUUCCUACGGCACACUGAGAGAUGUUCAGUUCUGGUACAUAUAGUCGACGGCUCGUCAGAGCAGCCUGAAUACGAGUUUGAUGCGGUCCGCCUUGAGCUGGAGAUGUUCAGCCCCGAGCUUGCUGAGAAGCCUUACUUAGUAGUGUACAACAAAAUGGACCUACCGGAGACAUCUGAAAAAUGGCCAUCAUUCAGAGAAGCUCUACGAUCACGAGGAUUCGAGCCCUUUUGCAUGAGCGCAGUUACCAGAAACGGGACACAGGAAGUCACGAACGCUGCUUAUGAGCUUGUGCAGAAAAAUGCAGCAGAUAAAGAUGAUGGUGAGGGGCUGCUCGAUUUGAAUUACGUGGCUGAUAAGAUGCAGAAGCAGCGGGCAGCUCCUAUAGGCGAGUUUGAGAUUUUACACGAUAGCAGUACCAGCUCGUGGCACGUGGAAGGAGCGGGCUUGCAGCGCUUCGUCCAAAUGACCAAUUGGAGAUAUAACGACUCUGAUCGAAGAUUUCAACAUGUUCUGGAGGCAUGUGGUGUCAAUAAAUCCCUCAAGAAACGAGGCGUGAAGGAGGGUGAUACAGUCGUCGUUGGAGGGAUGGAGCUCGUGUGGUACGACAGUGCAGACUCCGGCCACACGAGUAGGCGGAGGGCAGCAGAAUCGGCUGAAUGAAUUCGACUUGGAUCAUCAUCUCUCAAGGCUAGAUUAUCACCACUGAUAAGAUUAUUGUGAGAGCAAGAACGCGCUGAAGUGUUGGCAUUUCCAUUGCUUGGAGCAUGGACUAGACGACCAGAAACUCUAAACCCUGAACCCUAAACAGCUCUUUCUCCUCGUUGUUCGUUGCAUUGGUUUACGGCCAUCUUGUUGGAUGGAAGUAUUGCAUCUUCUUUCCGAAGGUGGUCACGAUACGCAUGCAAGCAGAUGACCCCGGAUUCACCGUGAAAUUUUUUCACAGUAUAUAGAUCUAGUGAGUUUGUGAAAUCUUUAUAUUCUUUUUGUUGUAAAAUUUGGAGAUAAUUUGUAAGGGAAAUGUUUGAGAAAGGUAAGCUCAAUCUUUUCUCA